AUGGCUCGUACUAAACAAACCGCACGAAAGACCACUGGUGGAAAAGCUCCACGUAAACAACUUGCGGCUAAGGCUGCUCGAAAGUCUGCUCCUGCUACUGGUGGUGUUAAGAAACCACACCGAUACCGUCCUGGAACUGUUGCUCUUCGAGAAAUUAGACGUUAUCAAAAAUCCACUGAACUUUUGAUCCGAAAACUUCCUUUCCAACGUCUUGUUCGUGAAAUUGCUCAAGACUUCAAAACCGAUCUUCGUUUCCAAUCUUCAGCUGUCAUGGCACUUCAAGAAUCGGCUGAAGCUUACUUAGUAGGAUUGUUUGAGGAUACCAACUUGGCAGCCAUUCAUGCUAAACGUGUUACAAUUCAACCAAAAGAUAUUCAACUUGCUCGACGAUUAAGAGGAGAAAGAUCAUAA